GAUCUUUAAUACGAAGGAGAGGCACAAGAAGGAGGAAGGAAGGUCAUUAUACAGUCACAUCUGGCUACAAGUCUUAUGUGUAGAACGGAACGGUUAUUGUGAGACUUGUGGAAUUCGGAUAAUAAAUGAACCUGUCCUACAACAAAUACGUGAUACUGUUUAUACCACAAGAGUGGCAAGAGGAGUUUAUGAAAGAGAAGAAAAAAAACGCGGUUCCCUCAUAUAAAGCUGUCGUAAUAUCAGAUUUUCAGAAAGCACCAUGGAUUGUUGUGUUGCGAAUCAAUAUGAUUGUUCACAAAUUGCGGAGACAUUUCCAAAUAUCUCCAGUCCAGAGAUGUUUGACAGCGAUACUGAGAGAAAGAUGGACAGCAAAACUGUUAAUACAUUACCGGAUGUUAAUACAUUAGUGGCGAUUAGCCCUGAGAAGAAGCCUUCUCAAACGGAGUUAAUUACAAAGUCAGAUAACAAUUUGCUAGGCAGAAUUAAUAAAUUUUUGAGAGGUGUCCCACCUCCACCAAGGCACACAAUAUGUCAGAAUGAUUGUUCUGAUUUUUUACAAAAUAUUUACGCGAAUCGUCAUUUUUUCUGGACUGAAUAUCCAUUGAGUGAAACUUUGGAAGCUGCGGAGAGCACAAAAUCUCAGAAGCAGACAAUUGGGAGGGAGAGAGAAGCUAGGAAUAUUUCUUAUCAAUGUACAAAAGGCACUCCGAGAAAUUUGACAAAUGCUUUUGAUACUUGCAAUCUAUCAGUUAAUAAUGCAGAAAGUACACAAUUAGAUAUAAAUAAUACUAGUGAUAGUAAUAGUAAUUUAAAUAUACAAUAUAAUAAUGUUCCUAUGGAAACAAAAAAUUCAGUUAAUACGAUUAAAGAAACAGCGAGAGUUCCACCGAUAAUAGAUAACUCCAAUGUAUCUCAGGAACAAUCUCUUCUUUAUCAUACAAUUGGUGAAAGGGAGGCCACGACUUUAACAUGGCCUCAGGUGUACUCCCACAAGUUUUAUGGCAUACAUUAUAAUAGAAGCAGAAGUGUAGAAGAAUUCGAGAAUUUAACUGUGAAAUUAUGCGAGAGAUAUAUAGGAGCUGAAACACAGUCGACUUGUAAUAUAUGGUUUUCGAAGAAAGCGCCAGGAAGUGCAAGAAAGCGAAAUUCAUUAGCGAAACGCGAAAACGGUCAAAGUCCAGAGAAAAAGUUGACACAUUUAGCCAGAAGACGCAGGACUUUCUGUAGUGCUAACUUGCAAGGAUUAGGACUUGCUGACAAGAAGCAGUUAAUGGUACAAAUAAAGAAGCCCACACAGAAAAAAGGUAAAAGUCCAAGAGGCAAAAGUCCACGAGGUAAAAGUCCAAGAGGCAAAAGUCCAAGAAGUUCGGCAAAAAAGAAAGCAGUUCGAAGACUAAUGUUGGAUGGACCAAGUCCGUGUAAAACCAAACUGGAGAUCUCGAAACGCGCGCUAUUUCAAAGCCCGCCAACGGAUAAUGCUGGUCCCAGUAAAUUAAAUACUAUGAAUAAUUUAGAUUCUCAAAAAAUCAAACGCGUUUUAUUCUCGACACCGAGAAAGGACGAAUCUGAGCAGCAUACACAAGUGAAACAAGUAUCGCUGAGAGACGAAAGUAGGAAGAGAAAGAGCGAGGAGGAAUUGCAAGGACCGCGAUUAAAAUGGGCAAAGAGUUUGUCCUUCGACUGCACGCAUGAACUGAAAAAUAUCUCGAAAGUUACUUGGGACAGACACUCGUCGAGUAAUAUUCUCCCGAAAAACAACACGUCUCUUAAUCAAGGAAGAAAUGGAGAACUUAGUGACUCGCAUAGAAAGAAAUUACUUUGGGCAGUCGCAGAGGCUCUACGAUACAAAGGCAUUGGUAUGAAUCAUCCGAAAUUUAAGCAAUAUGCCGCGAGUUUAGCGCGCAUAAUAAAAAAAUACAUGCCCGAUCUCGAAAAUAGGAAUAUUCCACGAAAACCUGGUAGCACAACAGAUCGCAUGUUGAAAUUGGCCAAACAACAUGUACUCCUUCUCAUCGAUACUAGGCCAAUGGAUUGACAGUACUCAUUGAUAACACAAUUAGUCAAAAAGAGAAUCACACCAACACUUUCUGAUGAACAGGACAUCAUUAAAAUGACCAAUAUAUGGGUGCUUAUUAUAUCUUUUACCCGCGACGUAUGUUUAUAUACACUGACUUUUAUAUAAUUUAAAUAACAUGAGAAGACAAGACGUGUUAUAAUAAUAAUAAUAAUAAUGUAACAUUUAAAAAUGGGAUUGUAUGUUGUUACACCGCUAUUUGCAGGGUAUUAAAUCAUUUUUAUCUUAUAUACAUAUAUAUAUAUAUAUAUAAUAUAUAUAAAAAUGUGUUUUUUUUUAAAUAAGCAUAGUGUUUUAUUAGCUUUAAAAUAGUCUUUCUUAAAAUUAUCUUUCACAACUUAUAUAUAAAUAAUUAAUUAAAAAGGCGCUUUCCCUUUGUGAAGUAAAACGCAACCUGCAAUAACUUGCGUAAUAACUUUAUCCAGUUAACGCAUGUAUACAUGUAUGUUAUAUCUAAUCCGUCAUAUAUCUAAAAUAUGUGUAUAUUUAAGAUAUAGUGUUUUCGCGAUUAAAAAUUAAAAACUGAUUUUGAUCGAUCCAAGAUUGAUUAAUGACGUGCAUCAUCUCUGGCAAUAAAAGAUUCGAAUUCAUAGUAAAA